GAUCAAUUUAAGCAAAUCGCCCAUGCCGUUAUUCCGAGAGCCGACCUCACUCACCAGCCAAUAACAAUUGAAGAGUUCGGUCACUUCAUAGUCGGCUUUCCACAGCGCAUAGAAGGCACACAAUACAAAAGGAACACCCUACUCUUUAAUGUCUGCCUCGUUGUUAAACCACAAAGCGGAGCCUGCUGCUAUGACGACCUCACUGGCCGACACUUUUGUCUUGACGACGGUGUGGCCGGACUGCGUCCAGCGGUUCAGGUUGCCUAUGAACUGACUGCCCGAAAAAUCAAUCGGUACCUAGCCUAUUUAGAGGAGGAGUUCUCAACCCUUUCGCAGACGACUGCUCAAACUCUGAUACCUGACGUGUCCUCCUCAGGCGAGACGAAUGAGAAUGCGGAGGCGCCGAUGCAGCUCUUUCUUCGGCGUAUUUGGAUCACCGAUGCCUCCGUGUUUGUGCGUAUCGAACCGCGUUUGCCAUUGCCGCCUUCAGCUGACCAUGGAUUGCACUCUCGUAAUUGGCAAAUGACCUACGCCCUCGCGGCGGCAGAACCCCUGGCUGAAGACUCGCUGACGAACUUCUGGGAAGCGUGCGACCUCACUAGCGGUCGCCUCUUGCCUCUGGUCGACGGACAGCGCAGUGUGGCCGAGUUGUCGCGACUGGCGCUAGUUGAUGUGAACAUUGCUCGUCUCUGUCUUACCCAACUGGCUAAUGUGGGCGCAGUUCAUGCAGUCUCUGUUCCUGUUUUUAUGCACCACGUUUCAGAAGUCCAACUGGAACAGGGUUCCGAGGCUCAGGAAGCAGCACCGGAGCUUAUCUUUUCGGUGCCUGGUUAUGUUGGCAUGCCGAGGCUGAUGGAGCUCACCCGAAACGAGACGCUCAAGAUGGCCUGUCUGGAAUCGGUGCUGGUCCCUCGCCACUCAACAGAACUCUUCUUAUCUGAUUCUCUGAAGAAUUCUUCAGUGCAGCUUAUAGACGUCGUACUACGAGUAUACUGCAAACUCUGCGCGUCACCCUACUGCAACCUCGCGCACCUUCUGGCAGCCACAAAGUCCUACGUAGACCUUGUGAUUCCACAGCCUUCUCCCCGCGAUGACCACCCCAAACCUCAGCAGUCCUGCCCUACAGCAACCAACGCAUCACUUGCCAGUAAUUUCUCCGACCCGGGUCCAAACCCUCCCCUGCAUCACCUUCCUAGGGUGGAUCUUCUGCGACUGGUGCAGUUUGGUGAAGUGAACGGCCUCAUUCGCCGUCUACGUUGCUACCCCAUCAGUGACAUACCUCUGGACACACCCACCACCCCAGACUAUCCCUCACCCACCGAACUGGUAGCAGACUCCACUCCAAAAAACCGGCCGGACAGGCGCAAAACCACCAGUGUAGUGCAGUGUAACGCGCUUUUGCCUCCACAACCGCCACCGCAGGCACCCCCACCCUCGCUCUCACGUCAGACAUCCGUGAAUUUAGACCCG